AUGUCUCUUACCGCCGCCAAACAGCAGCUGCGGUCGCUGAUGAAGAAGCGGCUGGCAGCAGUAAACCGCGAUAAUGCCCUGGCGCAAAGCAGAACCAUCAUGGGCAGUCUCCUGACUUGGGCCCCGUACAUGAACGCCAAGCGCAUUAGUGUCUUCCUCUCUAUGCCUUCGGGCGAGGUCCAGACUGAUGCUAUUGUACGGCAUGCUCUGAGCACAGGCAAGGACGUCUACAUUCCUUAUCUUCACAAGUCGCCGCUCAACACGCCUGACACGCCAUCUCGGGUAAUGGAUAUGGUCCGGCUGAGGGACUUGGGUGACUACGAAUCUCUGAAGCCGGACAAGUGGGGCAUACCAAGUGUCGACCCUUCGACUGUGCACGAGCGGCAGAGAAUCCUGGGCGGACCCGACGCUCAUCACUCGGAGCGUUCAACCCUGGAUCUCAUGCUGAUGCCCGGGGUAGCUUUUGACAUUGAUCCUGCAAGCGGCCUCGUGCGCCGUUGCGGUCACGGCAAAGGCUUUUACGACCUUUUUGUGCAUCGCUAUGCCUCUAAAAUCACAGGACCAGGAGAUCGAGAGUCAAGUUCCAUUUUACUGGUUGGCCUGGCGCUCACCGAGCAGUUCCUGGCAUCGCAACCCGAUAUGGCUGUGCCGAUGGGACCUCUGGACCGCCGCCUUGACGGCCUCAUCCUAGGUAACGGCGAAACAAAGUCAUCCAAGUUAGACCAACAGGACCGAUAA